AUGAAGUCAGGCGGUCUUGUACUGUUCCUCAGCAUGACGCUUCUCGCCCUGGCGAGUCCUGUUCCAAAGGACGAUGACGGUGGCCUCGCAGGCGAAAGAAACAUCCUCGUCGACCGUAAUCCACAGGUCUGGGGCGACCUCGAAAGAAAAGCGGAAGACAUCGUCACUCGUGAUGUGGCUGCUACAAAUGCCGCAGAUUCUUCGGACCACGGCGGUCCUGGUGGCUAUGGUGGAGGACACGGUGGUGGUGGUUACGGUGGAGGAUAUGGCGGUGGUGGCUAUGGUGGGGGUGGAUAUGGUGGUGGAGGCCGGGGUAAUGGUGGGCAUGGCGGUGGUGGAUGGGGUGGUCGAGGGGGCGGUUGGGGUGGUCGUGGAGGGGGAUGGUAA